CCGCCCGUCGCCGCGCCGCCCACGCACCUCUCGUACCGCCGCACGCAUUGGCGCACCCCCGGCUCGCCACCACCGAGCUGGCCGACAGCAUGGCGGCCGAGAUGGAGUCGUCGGUCGACCCCACCACGCUCUACACCAAGCAGGAGUGCAUCGGCGGCGGCAGCUUCGGCAAGGUCUACAAGGGCCUGUGCCGCCGCACCGGCCGCACCGUUGCCAUCAAGGUCAUCGACGUCGAGAACGCCGAGGAUGAGGUCGAGGACAUUAUGGGCGAGAUCAUGAUUCUGUCCAACAUGCACUCGCCCUAUGUCACCAAGUACUACGGCUCAUAUCUGCACGGCUCCGACCUGUGGAUCGUCAUGGAGUACUGCGGUGGUGGCAGUUGUGCCGAUCUCAUGAAGCCGGGGCCGCUGUCCGAGGUCGAGAUCGCCAUCAUGCUGCGCGAGCUGCUGCUGGGCCUGACGUAUCUGCACGAGGACCACAAGCUGCACCGCGACAUCAAGGCUGCCAACAUCCUCGUCACCACCAACGGUCAGGUCAAGCUGGCCGACUUUGGCGUUUCGGGCCAGCUCUCCGCCACCAUGACCAAGAAGAACACCUUCGUCGGCACCCCGUUCUGGAUGGCCCCCGAGGUCAUCAAGCAGUCAGGCUACGACGGCAAGGCUGACAUUUGGUCGCUUGGCAUCACCGCCCUCGAGCUGGCCAACGGCGAGCCUCCUUACGCCGACAUCCACCCCAUGAAGGUCCUCUUCCUGAUCCCCAAGAAUCCGCCGCCCGUGUUGGAGGGCAACUUCUCCGCGUCGUUCAAAGAGUUCGUCCAGCUCUGCCUGCGCAAGGACCCUAAGGAGCGUCCAACAGCGAAAGAGCUCCUGAACGCCUCCUUCAUCAAGAAGGCCGGCCGGCCGGCUCGCCUCCAAGAACUCAUCACACGGUACCAGGACUGGCGAAUCAGACAUCCAAAGGAGGCUGCCGAAGACGAGGAAGAGGAUUUGCCUGUGAUGAGGAGAGAGCCGGUCAACGAAGACUUGUGGGAUUUCGGCACCAUCCGCCCCGUGGUGGGUGCCCGGGGUCCAGCACUUGCGCCGCUGAACAACGCUGGUGCGAACGCGCGUAACGUAUCCCCGCAGAGAAAACCAGUAGCCCAGCGUACUGGGCACGACGAGAACGAUGACACCAUCCGAGCGAGUCCGCCGUCGUCGCCCACCAAACGCCUGGCGCCCCUCAAGACUGGCGCGUCGCCCUCGACGUCACUGAACACAGCGUCACGCGUGCCUCUACCACCUUCGCCCGACAAGAAGGCCGUCUUCUUUCCGCCGCUCAAGCAGGAGCCGCUCCGAACAUCGCCUGUGCCCAACGUCUUUUCACCCCCUCUCAAUCGUGGCAUAAGCCCGACAACGCCAUCGCCUCCGAAACCGCACGGUCCGCGCCGGCAGACCCCUCUUGCACACGCCUACGAAGAGUACAUGCAGCGGUCGAUUGCGGAUGACAUAGCAGGCAUGGAAAUCACACCACAGCAGCGCAACCCUACCCCGAGAGGUGUCAUUCCCAUGUCGCUGCCAGAGAUACCCCCAUUUCGAGCCUCCGGCUCACGUGGCAGCACACCAACAUCGGUGCAUUCGAAGCCACUCCCUAGCCCGGCCUCACAAACUAGCCAUCAGCUGCCCUCGCUGUCGGCCCAAAAGCCGUUGCCGCCCCUCAUGGGACAGCAGCGACUGCCGUCACUGUCAGGCCAGAAACCCCUGCCAUCACCACACUCACCAUUUGCACCCGUUAGUCCCGCGAAACAAUCACGCCCAGAUUCGGGUUCUUCAAACGAGCUCUUUGGCGGGCCGUUGCCUGGGAACAAACACCAAGCGCCGCUGCCGCCACCGCACCAGAACGGCAGUCAGAAUUCAUUGAACGGCAGCCUGUUGCCGCCCGCGAAAGCCUUGCAAGCCCGCAACUCCUUCGGUCGGAUAAAGCCGCAGCCGACCGACCUCGCCUUCCUCAACCCACCCACCUCCAGCCAAAACGAAAUCACAGCCCUGACCGGCGUCGUCGUGCCCGCCCUCGAGGCGGCCCUCUCGCGGCGCACUUACCACCUCAACCUCAUGAACAAGCAGGACGCGGCCUCGGCGCAGGCUAUGCGCGAUCCCGAGUCGUAUCGGCGCCGCAAGAAGGAGCGGCAGGAGUGCCACGACAACGUACGGCACCUCGUCUCCCGCAUCACCGAGCAGUUCCAGGAGCUGGACCAGUGGGACGAGAACGGCGAGGUGGGCAUGGGCGGCGAGGUCGCGGGCUUCCUCGAGGGGUUUCUCGAGGAGGUGCUUGUGCGGGUGGAGCCAGCAGAUGAUUAGGGCCCACCUUGGUGUUGGCCAUGUCUUGAGUGCGAUGGGGAGGGUAUGAUACACGAUGAUACACGAUACGAUACACGAGUCGAGGGGGGUAUUUGCUUGGGUUUGCUGCGUUGCUGGCGUUGUUGGCGCGAUUCGAGCGGCAUUUGCCCGGCGUUACGCGCAUUGCGAUGGAGCUUGCGGGGUUGUUUGUUUUGCUGUAUACCUCAAUGCUAUUACAACGUAUU